CUGAAGUAACGCUUCUCUCAGUUCAACUACUCAUAGGUCGGGACACAUUCCAUUGUAAAAGCUCUCAUUGACUCUCAUUGAGGGAAAUUUCCUGGAUCGCAAGACGGCGCACAAACUGCGAAUUCAUUUGGUUCCACUCGACUCACCCAUCUCAGUCAGUGCACUCUGCAGGCAGUCUCUCUCACCUGUCACCCAUUCCACGCAGUUGGUGAGGCUCGUUACGUCAGGCAACCACACUGAGAACAUUUCCUUCCUUAUCACUGACUCCCCUUUGGCUCCGGUGGUCUUGGGUCACCCCUGGCUAUCAUUACACAACCCCAAUAUAAACUGGCGUCAAAACACAGUCUCAUCCUGGAGUGAAUAUUGUCAUGCGUCAUGUUUGUUGUCUGCUUGUUGUUCUGUGUUUUAGGAUGAACAUGUGGAUCUGUCAAACGUGCCUGCUGAGUAUCUUGACCUGAAGGGAGUGUUCAGUAAGUCCCGGGCUGCUUCUCUUCCUCCGCAUCAUCCUUAUGAUUGUGCGAUAGAUUUAUUGUCAGGUACGUCUCCGUCUAAGGGCAGAUUAUACUCACAUUCCGCUCCGGAAAGGGAGGCCAUGGAGAAAUAUAUUUCUGAUUCUCUGGCAGCCAAGAUCAUCCGUCCCUCUUCUUCUCCUGCAGGCGUGGCGUUUUUCUUUGUGGAAAAGAAAGAUGGUUCCCUUCGUCCUUGUAUUGACUAUCGAGGGUUGAACAGCAUCACGGUGAAGAAUACCUAUCCUUUGCCGUUGAUGUCUUCAGCCUUCGAGAGUCUGCAGGGUGCUUCCUUUUUCACAAAGUUGGAUCUUCGCAAUGCCUAUCAUUUGGUUCGCAUAAGGGAGGGGGAUGAAUGGAAGACCACUUUUAAUACCUACAGGGGGCAUUUUGAGUAUCUUGUUAUGCUGUUUGGCUGUGCUGAGAGACAUGGUCGAUCAGUUCAUAUAUGUCUACCUGGAUGACAUAUUGAUUUUUUUCUCGUUCUCUCCAGGAACCUGUUCAGCACGUCAGGUCAGUGCU